GUUUCGCUACUGUAUAUUAGGUUUGCGGUCUCCAAUAAGGAAGCGGAUCAUCCCUAUGUUGCACGUGUAUAUUAACUUUAUACCGGUGUACUUUAAAAUCAGACCGCACAUUUCAUCCAUGGGGAGUUGGUUGUAUAAGCACAGGGUGGGAUGCAAUAUCAACCAUAUUUGCGGUUGCUCUGCUGUGAGCUAGGUUCUUGGGUUCGUUCAGAAUGGUUUCUCGUGCUCACAUGAAUGCCGUUAUAAUGCUUGUUCUUUUGUUUCGAUCAGUUUGUGUUCGCAGUUGGAAUUUUAACAUAGAAAGUUACAGACAAUCCCUGGCUUGUGGGCGUGGAUGCGUUAAGUGCGAUGAGACCAACGGUUGCUUACUUUGUCGGCGAAGAAUGUUUCUUUACAUCAGCAUGGAACGUGGAAGACAAUAUGGAACCUGCAAACAUGAAUGUCCAGAGGGAUAUUUUGGUCAACGAGGGAGAGAUAUGAACACAUGCUCAAAGUGUGAAGUAGCGAACUGUAAGACAUGCUUUACGAGUGAUUACUGCACAACCUGCCAGGACAAGUUUUUUCUGGAUUCGGAAAACGCAAAAUGUGUGGAAGAAUGCCCGAGCCAUUUAUAUGCGAAUCCUCACAACGGGAAAUGCGAAGAUAAAGUUGAUUGCGUGGUUGGACCUUGGUCAUCCUGGGGUAAAUGUGCGCGCAGGUCAGCUUCCCGUUCAUGCAAGUAUGGAAGAAAGAAAAGAACGCGACAAAUCCUUCAGCAUCCGACAGAAAAUGGGAGGAAAUGCGGAAAACUACGGGAAACGAAAAAAUGCAAAACACCAUCUAGUGAAUGCAUCUGUGAGUGGAAUAGAGACAUGAUCAACAAAUGGAUCCAAAAAAUGGAAAAAAGAAUGAGACAAAGACGAAGAAAAAAAGAGAGAAAACGUGGAAAGAAGAGAAAUAAAAGAAAAAAGACAAUUCAAGACAAUAGUACUAUUCCACGCUUGAUUGGACACACAAUAGAAUUCAAAAACGUGACGUCAUCGGUGUUGGGUCAAACGGAACGGUGACGCAACGGUGACGUCACAUUUGGAAUAUUAAAAGCGUGACAAUGCUCACCAAGUUACGACACCGGAAAUGCGUAACACGAGUGGCAAGUGCUGUAGCACAGAGGUCAAAUACUCUGACGUCCCAUAUACGUCAUGAUUGCAUGGUUGAAUGAACAAUAAGUUCACAUUCUCUUCUUGCACGUUAUAUCCAUACUAUUGCUCGCACCAACACAUUGUAUCUUACCGAAUAUUACAUUAUAUGUUCAUUAUCAUACACAACCAAAGGCCGAGAGGUUUCGGCUAAUAAAGGACGCGCAACCUUCAAUAUCUACAGAAAUUCGAAAGCGUCCCAUUUCGUACAAGAACCCAUCAAUACAACUGACCGUAGCCUUUUUUGUAUAAGCAACGAACAUCUUACCGAAAAAGACUUUUACAAUGAAAUUUAAACAUGUUCGUUGUUUUCAAGAAAAUAUGAAUUAUGUAUCAUAGAAGAUGCCGGUGACCCACUGGCAACAAGAUUGAUCGCAUAAAACAUUUGGUCGUAAUUUACAAGUUAGUUAAGAGAUUGAAUUAUUGACUCGACGCGAAUCCCCAUUUAUUUCAUUAUUUUUGAAGAGGAGGGUAUGUAAUUCAUAAUUGCCAAGGUAGUAUAUUAUUGUCGAAGCGGUACAGAAUUUGUAUUCGAGAUUGAUAAACGUCAAAAUUCGGAAUUUGGAAAUGUUUAUUUUAGUGCUUUGUGGUUGUUCUUGUCCUUGACAACUUGACUGGAAUUGACAAAUGAAUUUGAACCACUGCGACUAGUUUGAUAACCGUCGCAGCAAAUUCAAUGAUGUGUAUUCUAUUUAUUUGUUGUUGUUUUGUCCUCGACUCUCACUCACGACUACGACAGCCGAUAACAUUUUUCUAUGUGACAACUUGAUAUCCGCUGAUGCUUGCUAAUGUUUUUACGAUUAUUAUAGUCGAUAACAUCGAGUAAAAAUUGCUCUUUAAUUUUGUUUGUAUUUAAAAUUUUGCUUUUUAUUUGUGUUGUCCUCGACUACUGGGAAAUCAGGUGAAUGCAAAAUCUAUGUUUAACAUUGACGAAAACAUAUAGUUAUAUCAAUUCCAUGUACAAAAAUGAUGUCAGCGCAACUUUGCCCCCCAUCGGUUUUCCGACCAAAAAAUUAGUCAAUUUCUGAUUAAUGGAAGCCUCAAUUAAAAAAAAAACUGUGAAAAUCAUUCGUCUGCUCUAUUAUGAGCUUGUUGGUUUAAUUUUUUCGUCAUUUUUGUGUCCGAGCUAGAUCACACACAAAAGAAUACGAGAUGGGAGAUAAAUUUUAAUAAGAGCUACAAGAAUAUGCUCUUUCGUUUGGAAAAAAAUUUUUUUAGGGACAUUGGUACAGUUUUUAUCAUAUUUCUGUGUAUUAUAUUUUGGUGCACCAAGAUGGCGCACAACCUGAACUCAGGUUGUUUACAAGGUUAGGUUUCAGGUUGUGCGACAUCUUGGUGCGCAUACUUCAGGAGUACUUAUAUUUUUAAUUGGGCUUUCGACGUCGGAAAAUUUAUUUCGGUUCAAUUUUACCUAUUAUUUAUUCUAUGUAAACCUGAUGUCUUUGCCAUCAUUUGCUUAAAUCCAUAAUAUGGUAAAAUUGUAAACAAUUUUUUAGUAAGUCAAUUUGCUCAAACCAUGGUCACGCACACUAACUCAGAAGUGAGGCAAAGCAACGGGUAGACACAUGGAUGACAAUAGCCUAGAAAACUUUUGGUUCCCAUUAAAAAUGGGAAUAAAAUGAAAAUUUACUGUAAAAGUAAUUGAUUACAAAGACGAGUCGAAUUAUACGCAAACCCUACUAUUUGGUGACUGAGGUUACAUACAAAUAACAUAAGCAGGGUCGUAGCCUGGGUUGAGGUUCGGGGCACCCCCCUCCUCCCUAAUUUUUUUAAGUCAUGAAAAAAGGAGUUUUUCUGUAUCAUGCAUAGCAGUUUUCGUAGCUUGGAACACUUUUUAGACCCCCUAGUUGUUACGUUCUUACUAAGGUGACAAUUACAAAAUUCGGACCAUAAUAAGCAAUAUGCUACGUUGCCAACGGCUACAGUUGAUCAUGUACUUUCUUGAUUGUAAAUAAACGCAAGUAGGAGUAUUGGGGAAGUUUGAGUCUCUGCAAUUGACUCGUCUCAAAAGACCUGUGACUUGAUUUGACAAGGUUUAUGGACUCUAACCAACACUGGUCUGAAUUUACCACAGGUUGAGAACCCAUGGACUGAGAUGUUAUGUAGUUCGUCCCUCAAAGCAACACAUCUAUCAAUUUUCCGUUUUACUCCUGUUUAUUCAGUGUUUUG